AUGGCUCCUGAGGCAAGCCCAGAGAGGAGCUGCUCCCUGCACAGCUGUCCUCUUGAGGACCCUUCUGGCUCUGCUGGACAGGCACCAACAGCGUCUACCCUUCAGGCUGUAGACCCGACUAGUCCAUUAGCACCUGGUCAUUUUAGUUUUUCUCGAGCACCGCAAGAAUAUCAAGAAGGCAGUUCUCUACUAGGAUUGGGAGACCAAGCAGCUCUGUGCUCCCAUGGCUCCAACUUCAGCCCUUCCUCAAUCCCCUCACAGCGUGAUGGGGUCUGGAAGCCACCUUCUAUGCAGCACCAUGUGGUCAGUGUCAGGCAGGAACGAGCCUUCCGGAUGCCAAAGAGCUAUUCCCAGCUGAUUGCUGAGUGGCCAAUGACCGUGCUGCUGCUGUGUCUGGCUGUGAUCCUUCUCUGCACACUGGCUGGAAUGUUGGGAGGCCAGAUGCCUGACUUCGCCCAGCCUUUACUGGGCUUUGAGCCUCGGGACACUGAUGUUGGACGAAAGCUGGAGGUCUGGAAAGCACUGCAGGCCCUCACAGGCCCCAAAAAGCUGCUUACCCUUUCCCCAGACCCUGAACUGAACAGCUCGAACUUCCACAGUACUCUGAGCCCUGUGGCCUGGGGCCUGCCCCAGGAGAGUGUGGUCCGAGCCCGGAGGAUGGUAGAGCCCCCGGAGGACAAAGGGCAGGAAAACUUCUUCUGUGGACCCCCUGAGAAGAGCCAUGCAAAGCUGGUGUUUGUGUCCACGUCGGGGGGCAGCCUGUGGAACCUGCAUGCCAUCCACGCCAUGUGCCACAUUGAACAGGAACAGAUCCGUUCUCAUCCCCACUUUGGGGCUCUGUGCCAGCGUACAGCAGCCAACGAGUGCUGCCCCAGUUGGUCCCUGGGCAACUAUCUGGCUGUACUCUCCAACCGCUCCUCCUGCCUGGACACUACCCCAGCCGAUGCGGCCCGCACACUGACCCUACUGAGGUCCUGCGCCCCCUAUUACCAUCGUGGUGUCCUGGUGCCGGCUUGCCUGGGAACCGGGCAGGACAGGCCCCCGUAUUGUGCCCAGGUUCCUACCAAGUGCUCCAGGAGCAGUGCCGUCUACCAACUCCUGCACUACCUGCUAGACAGAGACUUUCUCAGUCCCCAAACUGCUGACUACCAGGUGCCCUCCCUCAAGUUCAGCCUGCUCUUCCUGCCCGCCCUGAAGGGGGCCUCCAUGAUGGACAUCUACCUGGAUGGCUUAGCUGAUGUCCGGGACGUCUCUGACAACUAUACAUCGGUCAGCGGCAUGGACCUGGGCCUCAAGCAGGAGCUGCUGAAGCACUACCUGGCGCUGGAUACCGUGUACCCCUUGCUGGCUAUGGUCGCCAUCUUCUUCAGCAUCGCCCUCUACCUGCGCUCGCUCUUCAUCACGCUCAUGGUACUGCUAGGGGUGCUAGGCUCCCUCAUGGUGGCCUUCUUUCUUUACCACGUGGCCUUCCGCAUGGCCUACUUCCCCUUCGUCAAUCUAGCGGCCGUAGUCCUGCUCAGCAGCGUCUGCGUCAAUCACACCCUCAUCUUCUUCGACCUAUGGCGCCUCAGCAAGAGCCAGGUGCCCUCUGGGGGGCUGGCGCAGCGUGUGGGGCGCACCAUGCACCACUUUGGCUACCUGCUGCUGGUUUCGGGCCUCACCACCGGCGCGGCCUUCUACGGCAGCUACCUGAGCCGCCUGCCCGCGGUGCGCUGCUUCGCUGUCUUCAUGGGCACGGCAGUGCUGGUGCACAUGGGGCUCACGCUGGUCUGGCUGCCCGCCUCCGCCGUGCUCCACGAGCGCUACCUGGCGCGCGGCUGUGUGCCCCGGGCGCAGGGCCCGAGGGGCGGGAGCGACCCCUGGCGGCUGGUGCUGGCGUUGCACCGGCGGCUCCGCGGCUUUCGGAGGGCCGCGGCCAUCCUCUCGCGCCUGCUCUUCCAGCGCCUGCUGCCCUGUGGCGUCAUCAAGUUUCGGUACAUCUGGAUCUGCUGGUUCGCAGCCCUGGCGGCAGGGGGCGCCUACAUCGGCGGCGUCAGCCCCCGCCUGCAGCUGCCGAUUCUGCUGCCGCUCGGCGGCCAGGUCUUCCGGCCUAGCCACCCCUUUGAGCGCUUCGAUGCCGAGUACCGCCAGCAGUUCCUGUUCGAGCAGCUGCCUCCAAGUGAGGGCGGCCAAUUGCCAGUGGUUAUGGUGUGGGGCGUCCUCCCAGUAGACACUAGCGACCCUCUGGACCCUCGCAGCAACAGCUCACUGGUGACCGACCCUGACUUCUUGCCCAGCAGCCCCGAGGCCCAGCGCUGGCUGCUGUCACUCUGCCACGGAGCCCGGAAUCAGAGCUUCUUUGGCAUCCAGUCCCAGGGUGGGCCCACGCUGUGCUUCAUGGAGGCCCUCCAGAACUGGGUGGAAAGCCCCAGCUGUGCCCGCCUGGGGCCCGACUUCUGCUGUGGCCAAUCAGAGUUCCCCUGGGCCCCCCAGCUUUUCCUGCACUGCCUCAAGAUGAUGGCUCUGGAACAAGGCCCCGAUGGCACCCGUGAUCUGGGACUUCGCUUUGAUGCCCAUGGCAACCUGGCUGCCCUGGUCCUGCAGUUCCAGACAAAUUUCCAGUACAGUCCAGAGUACGGCCAGGUCCACCACUUCUACACUGAGGUCAGCCACUGGCUGGCCACUGAACUGGGCAGGGCACCUCCAGGUCUCCGUCGUGGUUGGUUCACCAGUCAUCUGGAACUGUACAGCCUGCAGCACAGCCUAAGCACUGAGCCUGCUGUGGUGCUGGGCCUGGCUCUGGCACUGGCCUUUGCCACACUGCUGCUGGGCACCUGGAAUGUACCACUCAGUCUGUUCUCUGUGGCAGCUGUGGCAGGCACCGUACUGCUCACUGUGGGACUCCUGGUUCUACUAGAGUGGCAACUCAACACUGCUGAGGCCCUCUUUCUCUCUGCCUCAGUGGGCCUCUCCGUAGACCUCACUGUCAACUAUUGCAUCUCCUAUCACCUGUGCCCACACCCUGACCGCCUGAGCCGCGUGGCCUUCUCACUGCGCCAGACCAGCCGUGCCACAGCAGUGGGGACUGCAGCCCUGUUUGCAUCUGGUGUGCUCAUGUUGCCUGCCACGGUGCUGCUCUAUCGCAAGCUGGGCAUCAUCCUUAUGAUGGUUAAGUUCGUUAGCUGCGGCUUUGCCAGCUUCUUCUUCCAAUCUCUGUGCUGUUUCUUCGGGCCAGAAAAGAACUGUGGGCAGAUCCUGUGGCCCUGUGCCCACCUGCCAUGGGAUGCAGGGACUGAGGAGCCUGACGAGGAGAAGGCACGACCAGGGGGAGGGAUACCUGGGACCUGCUCAGAGCACUACGAGCUUCAGCCCCUGGCACGGCGCCGAAGUCCCAGCUUCGACACCAGCACAGCCACCAGCAAGUUGUCCCACAGGCCCUCGGUGCUCUCUGAGGAUCUGCAGCUGCACGAUGGCAACUGCUGUGUCCGGCCCCCGCUAGCCCCUGCCUCCCCGAGAGAUCUGCUCCUGGACCACCAGGCAGUCUUCAGCCAGUGUCCAGCCCUGCAGACCUCCUCCCCCUAUAAGCAGGCUGGUCCCAGCCCCAAAAGCUGGGUCAUGCAGGACUCCCAAGGGCAGAAAGUUGAGUCCCUGCAGGCCUCACCAGAAGCCCCUGCCCACUCACCCAAGUCCAAGGUCGAAGAGCUCCCUGAUGGCCUCUGUUCCUCAGCCAGCACCCUGGAGGGUCUCAGCGUCUCUGAUGACACCUGCCUCAGCACUUCUGAGCCUAGUGCCCGCAUGCCGGAUUCCAUGGGGGCCUCCCCAGAAGACUUGGAAGAUGCAGGGAAGCCAGUACUUGAGCGAGGCCAACUGAACGGGAAGCGUGACACCCUGUGGCUGGCACUGAAGGAGACCAUCUACGACCCAACCCUGUCCAACUCCCACCACAGCAGCUUGUCCUGGAAGGGCCGUGGCGGGCCAGGGGAUAGUAGCCCUGUGGUGCUGCCCAACAGCCAGCCAGAUCUGCCAGAUGUUUGGCUGCGCAGGCCAAGCACUCACACCUCAGGCUACAGCAGCUGA